UGAUAGGGACAUGAGCUUCCACUGCUCCAACAGUUGGAAGACCAAUUUAACACUGACCUUCAAGGGCCAGAAAUAUGUGCACAAGCUGCAAAAAAUAAGUGAUGGAAUGGAAUGGAAGCGAAAGAGCCUCAAGUUCCCAAUCUGAACAAAGCAGCCUGCUGGACUUGCCUUGUGACAUAACUCCAGAAAGCUUUCUAUUGAAGCCAAACCCCGGGGAAGAUGAUGAUGCAUGUGAUUUACUGCUGUCCCCAGCAGUUGACGAAGGUUAUUUCCCAACAGAGUCCAGCUGUCAGCUUUUCCCAGGGCCGGCUGCCAAAGCCAAGAUCGCUCUGUGGCCUUGCCUCUGUGAGGGGACAAAGCCUGCCAGCUGUGGGAAUACAGAGCAUGGUCAGCCUAGUGAAAUUGACGUUCAUGAGCAAAGGGAAGAAGGAGAAUCCAUCCUUAGAAAAUCUCUGGACACGUUCUACAGUACUUGGUGCCAGAAGAAACCCUUUGGAGGGAGUCCAGUAUAUGAGUCAACUUCACAGCGUCUGUCUCUUAAGACUGCAGAUCUUGCAGGCAAAGAGGGGAUGAAAUUUACAGUGAAGAGUCUCCAAAUUGCUCAGAUGGUUUUGAACCGAGAGGAGAAUAAAAUCUUUCAUCAGUCUCCUACCAACCACAUCUGCUUUUUGACUCCUGUCGGUGCCAGUGCUAGUUCAGAGAAAGGAAAGGUGGUCCCUGGACUCUCAGAUGAUAUUCUUCAAUUUAUCUUAAAACAGAAUGUACCAAAAUGACUCUGGGCCUGAAAGUAGUUCUAAAUUGGUAAGAUUUUUUUGAGCUAGGGAAUGAAUUGUUAAGAACAGCUUUAUAAAACCAAGAGUAUAAAGAAGGCAUGAUUAAACUGUAAAAUGUCAUAAAGCCACUGCUUUUAAUGAUAAGUAUUCCUCACGUCAAUGAUUAAAGAGUAGGUUUUCUGUGUGCAAAAAAAGCUUGUGAAUCAGACCCUGGUCCAUCUUGUCCAGAAUUAUCUAUUUUGAGUGGCAGUAACUCUCCAAGGUUCAAGCCCAGCUCUACCUAGCUUCACCAACAGAGAUUUCUUACUUUUUACACUAGUAGGUAUGUGCUGUAUAAGAGGGCUGUGCAGUGCUUCACAGGGUACCCUGAUUGCAACUCUUUGAAAACAGCCACAAAAGGGAACUUUUUAUCAUCUUUGGUGGACAUGCAAAAAAGCUAAAAAAAUUUGGGAUCAAAUACAGAUUUUAAUUCAGAAGAUCUUAAAGAUUAAUAUACAAUUGAAACCAGAGACUUUUCCUUUGGGACUGAUGGACAAACAGUUAGAAGGAACCCAUGGAACUUUGUUUUUAUAUAGGGUGACAGCAAUGAGGCUUUUAUAUGCCCAAAGGUGGAAAGAUUCAACAUCACCUACAAUGGAAGAAUGGAUGGUGAAGUUGAUGGGGUUGGCUGAGAUGGCAAAACUGACAGCUUUGAUUAGAGAAAAGACACUGACUAAUUUCAAUGCUAUUGGAAACCCCUUUGGGAUUUUUUGUGUGAAACAGAAAAAAAUGAAAUCAUGAUAUCUGGAUUUGAUCAUUAGAAUGAACAAUGGACAAUAGAAUUAAUGAAAGCUAUUUUGUAAACUUA